GAAGGAAUAGAAGAAGAAGGGGAAAAGAAAUACAGACACCAGCAAGUCUCUUUAAGAAAAGGGGUGUGAGCACUCAAACAACAAUCAACUCAAUUUUUAAGAAGGGCUUAAGGGAAGAGGCGUGUGAUGAAAUUGCUUCGUUCAUCUACAAUAAUGCUAUUCCCUUUAAUGUUGCAAGGUCUGAAGAAUACCAUAACAUGUUUGAGAAGGUUGCCCGCCAUGGAUUAGGAUUCAAGCCACCUUCUUAUGAUGAGUUAAGAGGAAAAUUAUUGAAGAAGGUAGAGUCAACCAAACUAACAUUAGAACAUAAAGCUGAAUGGAAGAAAACUGGAUGCACUAUUAUGACAGAUGGUUGGACAGAUAAAAGAAGGAGAACUAUUCUCAACUUUCUUGUGAAUAGUCCUAAGGGAACUGUUUUCUUGAAAUCCAUUAAUGCUUCUGAUAUAUGCAAAACAGCUGAAAAGAUAUUCAAGAUGAUUGAUGAAGUCGUAGAGGAAGUGGGAGAAGAGAAUGUGGUUCAAGUUGUAACUGAUAAUGCAGCUAACUACAAAAAGGCAGGACAAAUGUUGAUGGAAAAGAGAAAGAAUCUUUAUUGGACUCCUUGUGCCGCUCAUUGCAUUGAUUUGAUGCUUGAAGAUUUUGAGAAGAAGCUAGAUCUUCACAAAGACACCAUUGCCAAAGGAAGAAAGCUAACUACUUACAUAUAUUCUAGGACUUCUCUAAUUUCCCUUUUACAACAGCACACCAAAGGAAGAGAUUUGGUGAGACCAGGUAUGACGCGAUUUGCUACGUUCUACCUUACUUUGGGUAGUCUUAAUGAGAAGAAGAAUCCAAUAAUUAGAAUGUUCAUCUCGGAUGAAUGGAAGGAAAGCAAGUGCUCAAAGACAAGAGAUGGGAAAAACAUUGAAAAUAUUAUUUUGGAUAAAACAUUUUGGGGAAACAUUAUCCAUUGCUUGAGAGGUGCUUAUCCUCUUCUUCAUGUGCUUCGUAUAGUGGAUUCAGAGGGUAAGGCAGCUAUGGGAUAUAUGUAUUCUGAAAUUGAUCGUGCUAAAGAAAAGAUUAAAGAUGCUUUUCAAAGUGUUGAACUAAGUUAUAAACCUUUGUGGGAUAUUAUUGAUGCAAGAUGGGACAAGCAACUCUUUAGGCCUUUGCAUGCUGCAAGCUAUUAUUUGAAUCCACAAAUUCAUUAUAGUCCUAAUUUUAAGGUUGAGUAUGAUGUUAAAAAAGGACUUUAUGAUUGUUUGGAUAUACUUGUGGGAGAUUCUGCACUCAUUACAAUUAUUGAUAGUCAACUUGAAGAUUUCAAGAGUAAAGCUAAAUUUUUUGGUAGAGAUGUAGCCAAGAAUGCUCUCAAAACCAAAACACCCUCACAAUGGUGGGAUUCUUAUGGGGAUGAACAUCCAGAACUUCAAAAGUUUGCUAUCCGUGUCUUGAGUUUGACUUGUAGUUCAUCAGGAUGUGAGCGCAAUUGGAGUGCUUUUGAGAUGGUUCACACGAAAAGAAGAAAUCGUUUGAAGACAAGCACAAUGAAUGAUGUUGUUUUUGUGAUGACCAAUUCAAGAUUGGCAAGAAAGAAGCCAUCAAGAAAUACUGCUGAUUAUAGCUUUGAAGACUUGGAUUCAGAUGAAGAAUGGAUUGUGGAAGAUGAAAAUAUGAUGGAAAAUAUGGAAGAAUUUGACACACAAAAUGGUGUAAACUUAGCCCCUCAAGAAGAUAGAGGUAAAGAUGGGGUCCUUUGAUUGAUUUGGAGAUUCCUCUUCUUGAUGAUGAUGCUUUCAAUGAGCUUCUCAACUUUUCUCCUAAUGAAAAUCAAAAUGUUGGAGAACAUGAUGAUCAUGACUUUAAUAAACUGCUUUAGUCUUUAUAUUUUUUAG